AUAUGUCUUUGGCAACUCUGCUUUGAAAUUAAUGUAAACAUGGCACCCGCAGAUGGAGGUCCUUCUGAAAAUCUUAAUUUGGAAAUUAUAGAUUUUAUUCAGAAUUUAGGAUCAUGUUGGAGAUGUGCGAUUCGAUUCACGAGAGAAAGGAAACCGGAGGCCUACCAACGAAAAUUAGUUGAAUUCAAACUAGAACCAGAAGAAAAAUUGCUGAAAGCCAGUCCGUGCGUUAUCUGCCUGGGAUUAGUGCAGGAUCAUUUUAUAAAAGAAGUUUUUAUUGAUGAGGUAUGCCAGCAGGUGUUAAAGUUUGAUUGUGACUCAGCCACGUUUUCUUGUAUGGUUUCAUUACCAGUGGCUAUCAUGCUUAGGGAGCAAGCUGUAUGGUUCCUAUUGACUGAAAAGUUCCCAGACCUUCUCUCAAAGAACUUGAAAAUUGACUAUGUCACCUCCUUGAAAGAUGUAUGGAAAUUUAUCUUUACCGAGGCUUUAGAGAAAAAACUAAACAAACAACUGGAGCACAGCAGCUCACCUUUUCAGAUCCAUAUUAGCAUACUUUAUAAAGAUGAAAUUUCUGAGUGUGGUGCCUUAGUCGACAUAUGUCCUGAAAAGUUCAAACAUAGAUACAAUCGUACUAGAGUCUACCGAGAAGGCAUUUUUACAAGAAAUGCUGCUCAGAGUGUAUUAUCAGGGUUGAGUGCUGAAGACUUCCAGAAGUACUACACGCUGAAACUACCAAAUGUUAGUGCUCACUAUGGACCAGUGCAAUGCUCACAUAAUUCCAUACACAUUGCUGGUCGUUACCAAAAAUUCUCUAGGAAGCUGUGUCAAACCCCUUGGCUUAUAGAAGGGGAGAAACAUAUGGACACAUCUAUCCAGGAAUUGAUUUGCAAACACCUUGAACCAUUCUUUAAAACUCAAAGCGUAAAAUUUUCAUCCUCCGGUCGAGAAGAUGUCGAUGUGAGAACCCUCGGACGAGGCCGACCAUUUGCAAUCGAGCUUACAGAUCCGCAUCGAACUAUUUUCACACAAGAUCAGAUUACCCAACUGCAGAACGUUAUCAACAACAGUACUGAUGCAAUCCAGAUUCGCGACUUGCAAGCGGUCACGAAAGAGCAAUUGUCGGUCCUGAAACAGGGGGAGGAGGAGAAAACAAAGAUCUAUAGGGCUUUGUGUGUUACACUCGAUGGCUCAACACCAACAGAAGAAGAUUUGGCUAAAAUCAACGAUAUUACAGAGCUUGUUUUGAUGCAGAAAACACCCCUGCGAGUAUUGCACAGGAGACCAUUGGCAGUAAGACCAAGAACGGUUCACGAGAUGAAAGCUACGUUGCUUGAUGAUAGACCGGGGCAUUUCAUAUUGCGCUUGAAAACUCAGGCGGGUACGUAUAUCAAAGAAUUCGUUCAUGGCGAUUUCAAUCGCACCGUGCCCAACUUGUGUAUAUUACUGGGUCGAGCUAUUGAUAUUGUUGCAUUGGAUGUUGAUGCUGUUGAAUUGGAUUGGCCACAAGUUAUUGCUAUUCAAACUUGAGUCAAAAUACAGCAGAAAUUGUAUUCAAGAAAAA